GGCAGCCAUAGCUCCGCCUCCUCAUUCGUCUAAUCUUGGACUGCAGGAAAGCGCUUUGAGAGAACCCCCGGGUCUACUCGGAAAGUAAAGGAUGAGAGCAUGCGCUGAACCACAGUUCUCUACACUCUCCCAAGAUCCACAGAAAAUGAACACACCUCAGGCAACAGUGUCAUUCAAGGAUGUGACUGUGGAGUUUACGCAGGAGGAGUGGCGACAGAUGGACUCUGCUCAGAGGACCCUGUACAGAGAUGUGAUGCUGGAGAACUAUAGCCACCUCGUCUCAGUGGGGUACUGCUUUGCAAAACCAGAACUGAUCUUCACAUUGGAACAAGGAGAGGAUCCAUGGUUAUUAAAGAAAGAAUUUCUAAGAAAAAGCUCCCCAGAAGACUCCCAACCUAAUCAACAUUCAGAGAAGAGCCUAGAAAACCAAGGCAAAUAUUUGUGGCAAGUUUUGUUCACCAAUAAAUCAUUGACUACAGCAGAACCAUGUAAUCUGGACAUAAACAUUUUACCUGCAAGAACAAUGCCCUAUAAAUUUGAUACUACAGGGCCUACCUUCCUGCAUCUCAGCUCAUUGGCCCCACACUAUCAAUAUUCAAGAAAGAAGGCUCAUAAGCUUACUGAGAAAUGGCUUCUUAGUAUUAAGGAGGGCAGAACUAAUACUAGUGAGAAAUCACUUGUCUAUAGUAAAAAUGUGAAAUCCUUCAGUCAUAAAGAGAAAGUCAUUCAGCAUCAGGCAAUUCAGACUUUGCAGCAAGCUUCUGAGUACAACAAAUGUGGAAAAGCUUUCCUUGAACAGACUGCUCUCAUUGCAUCUGAAAGUAUCCACCCAAAAGUGAAAUCUUAUAAAUUCAGUAAAUUUGGGGUAAAACAAUGUGAUAAAACAACUUUUAUAGUCUCUCAUAGCAAUAAUCCAGAAGAGAAGAGUCAUUGUGAAUUUAAUGAAUAUGAAUGUGCCAAAAACAGAAAUAAUUUCAGUAGGAUCAUGCAAAGAACUGACACAGAAGGGAAACCUUUCAGCCAAAAAUCACACAGAGAACAUCAGAAAAUUCAUAUAGGAGUGAAACCCUUUGAAUAUGGAAAGAAUUUCAUCCAUAAUCCAGCCCCUCCAGUGCAUCAGAGAACUCACACAACAGACAAAUCCUCUGAUUAUGACACAUGUACAGAGACAUUAGGUUGCCAGUCAGCUUUCAACAUACAUCAGAGAACUCACAUAACACUGAAACCCUAUGAAUGUAAUGAAUGUGGAAAACCCUGUACUAUGAAUUCAUUCCUGAUUCAACCUCUGGAAGGUCACACAGGGGAUAAAACCUACGAAUGUCAUGCAUGUGGGAAAGCUUUCAGUGAGAAAUCACGCCUAAGAAAACAUCAAAGAACUCACACAGGAGAGAAACCUUAUAAAUGUGAUGGUUGUGAGAAGUCUUUCAGUGCAAAGUCAGGUCUAAGAAUACAUCAGAGAACUCACACAGGGGAGAAACCCUAUGAGUGUAAUGAGUGUGGGAAGUCUUUCAACUAUAAGUCAAUCCUCAUAGUACAUCAGAGAACUCACACGGGGGAGAAACCCUUUGAAUGUAAUGAAUGUGGGAAAGCUUUCAGCCACAUGUCAGGCCUAAGAAAUCAUCGGAGAACACACACAGGGGAAAGGCCGUAUAAAUGUGAUGAAUGUGGGAAAGCUUUCAAACUGAAGUCAGGUCUAAGGAAACAUCAUAGAACUCACACAGGGGAGAAGCCCUAUAAAUGCAAUCAAUGUGGGAAAGCUUUUGGUCAGAAAUCACAACUCAGAGGACAUCAUAGAAUUCACACAGGGGAGAAACCCUAUAAAUGUAAUCAUUGUGGGGAAGCUUUCAGCCAGAAAUCAAACCUCAGAGUGCAUCACAGAACUCACACUGGGGAGAAACCCUAUAAAUGUGAUGAGUGCGGAAAAACUUUCAGGCAAAAAUCAAAUCUCAGAGGACAUCAGAGAACUCACACAGGGGAGAAACCCUAUGAAUGUAAUGAAUGUGGAAAAGCUUUCAGUGAAAAGUCAGUCCUAAGAAAACAUCAGAGAACUCACACUGGAGAGAAACCCUAUAAUUGUAAUCACUGUGGAGAAGCUUUCAGCCAGAAAUCAAACCUCAGAGUACAUCAGAGAACUCACACAGGGGAGAAGCCCUAUAAAUGUGAUAAGUGUGGGAAAACUUUCAGCCAGAAAUCCAGCCUUAGAGAACAUCAGAAAGCCCACACAGGGAGUUGAACAUCUGAACGUAAAGAAUAUGGAAAAACUUUGAGCCAGAAAUCAAAUCUCACAAUAUAAAAGAGAAAGAGAACCCUGUGAAUAGAAUAAACUAUUGCAAGUUCCUCUGCAAGAUACCAAUCUUCACAAACAUCAGAGAAUGUACACAGGAGAGAAAUUCUUGGAAUAUAUUUUAUAUGGGCAGUCUUUCAUACAAAGUACAGUCCUCAUUAUGGAUCAGAGAACUCACCCACCAAAGAAAUGAAAUUACAGAAAGAAUGAAUGUAAGAAAUACUCUGUACUCAAUCCUCAGAAAACUCACACUGCAGAAAAGGUCUGGGAAUGUAAUAAAAUGUGAAAACUCUGCAUCAAUUAUCAAAAUAUACUCAUCAUCAGAUAAAUGAUACAAUAAGAAAACUGAGAGUGUAAUAAGUGUUUGAUAACUUUUAGCCAAAAGCCACCUUCCUCAGUACAACAGAAAAUACAUAGAGGUUAUAGACCUCACACUAUUUCAACACAAACAAAAAACAAGGUAAUGGAUGUGGGGAAUUUUUCUAUUAUAAAUCAGCCCUCAGUUUGACUUACACAGAAGUAAUCCCCAUAUGCCAUAUGUCCAAAUAUGUCUAAAUCCCCAUAUGCCAUAUGUCUAAAUUUCUCAACCAGUGUCAUCCAAAUGGUGUCAUAUUAAUAACCUCUGGCUAGUAGGAUGUGGGUGUCAUUGACCAGUCUCAUUUAAUACAUUCCUCGAAUUAAUGUUUUCUACUGUCCCUUAUUAGAAUGGAGUAGAGAUUUCUCCCAGUGAAAUCGUGGGGCUCAUGCACUGAAGAUGGGAGAGUACAAGACGGAAGGAAACAGGGUAAAAGAGUGACUGGAAUGGAGUUUUUUCCUCCAUGGAACCAGUCUUUUUGCAGCAAGGAUAUAAAUUUGUUACUGAGUUUCUACAGGCUUGAGUACACUCUAUACUGACAUAUACUCACCAAACCCUCAACUAAUAAAGCCUAGGAAUAUGAUUUCUGUGGAUAUCUAAACUCAACAUAUAUCAGAAACCUGACAAAGGAGAAACCCCUGACAAUAUCCUGAAUGACAAUAGUUUUUAUCCACAACUCCUCCUCAUCAGUCAGGUAAAUACCAGUGGAAGAAACUCAACAUUUCAACAUAUGUAGGAAAUCCUUUACCAAAAAAUAAUAUCUCAUCAAAUAUCUGAUAAUUGAAUUGUAAACAUAUGAAAGUUUUCCAACAGGUUGUCAAAUUUUAAUCUUUCUCAGAAUGUGUUACAGGGGGAGAAUCUAUCAAUUUGAGAAAGGUAAGUAAUAGCAUCUACUUAGAAAUUGUUUCAUAAAACAAUUGUUACAUAUGUAUUAUGAAAACAGUUAAACAUAACAAUAUUGAUAAUGUAGAAUUCACUAGAAUAAGAAGCUUUAAAAAGAAAUAAAAAAUAAGUUGCAUAAACUGAA